AUGACAUUUUGUGUUAGGUACAUUGACAUAGAGACCUUUGUUACCAAAGAAGACUUUCUGGGUUUUACUCAGCUUAAAUCAGCUACUGGCACUUCGAUUGCAGAAGCCAUCGAUGAAGAACUCAAGACACUGGGGCUGGGCUAUCAAUAUCUUUGUGGACAGGGCUAUGAUGGCGGCUCAAACAUGGCUGGCAGAUUUAAAGGAGUUCAAGCUCUUAUUUUAAGUAAACAACCGUUGGCUAUUUAUACCCACUGUUUUAGCUACUCUUUGAACUUGUGCAUUUCUAAGUCUUGUGAUACUCCAAUAGUUAGAAAUAUGAUGGGAAUUGUAGGACCAGUUUCAGCAUUCUUGUCUGCCUCUGCAAACAGAAAAAGUUCCCUAGAGGAAGUUACAUCACGAGUACCGUUCACGGAGUCAAAGAAAACAAAGUUGAAGGCAAUGUGUCCAACAAGAUGGGUGGGAAGACACGAUACCCUUAUUACUUUCAAGGAGCUAUUUGUCCCGGUCGUGGCCUUGCUUGAUGAACUUUCAAGUAGUCGUGAAACCAACGCAGAAACGGCUUGUAAAGCUUGCAUAUUUAGUUCUGCUGUCCGAAGAGGAGACUUCGUAGUAGCAUUAGCAACUGCAGCAUAUUGCUUCUCUUUAAGACUAAGCGAACAGCUCCAAAGUCCUAAAAUGGAUUUAACAAAUGCCUUAAAUCAUGUCAAUGAUGUGCUUGAGGUGUUCAACAAUAUAAGGACGGAUUCGGAAAUAGAAUUCGGAAGUAUUUUUGAAGACGCUGUUAAACUGGCAGAAGAUAUUGGAAGUGUAAUAGCAAUGCCAAGAACUAUUUCAACACAAACCAAAAAAGACAACGUUCCUGCUUCAAACGCCGAGGAAUACUUCAGGCGAACAGUAUUUUUACCUGUUGUGGAUCGUUUUAUUGCCGAGUUAGAAACAAGAUUUCACCAAGAUUUUCGCACCAUAUUACCACUUGAAGGACUUAUUCCUGCAUACUGUUUAAAAUACAGUGAGGAUGAAGUGAUCCAGACAUCCGAGAAAUAUGAACAGUUUUUGGAGAGUUCUUCGCUUUUAAUGGAAGGAGAACUGAAACUAUGGAAGAAAAAGUGGGUUGAUGAAAGUAAAAGACCUGAAACAGUAACUGAAGCAUUAAAGAACUGUGACAAGCAGUUUUUCCCAAAUGUAUAUGUUUUACUCAAAAUAUUUGGGACUAUUCCUGUCACCACAAGCACUCCUGAACGAAGCUUCUCUACUUUGAGACGAAUAAAGAUUUAUUUGCGUAACACAAUGGGGCAGGUGAGACUAAAUGAAUUGGCUCUUGCAAAUAUCCAUAAGGAAAGAUAUAUGGAAAUUGAAAAUCUCAUUGACAUAUUCAGUAAAAAGAAACAGAGGCGAAUGAGCAUGACAAAUUGGGCAGAAGACGGAAAUAUACAGUGA